GGUUAAAAGGUGGACCCAAACAAGAAAUUUAGAAAAUAAAUAAAUAAAUGCUUUGAACUUGUCUAUGGACGACGCUCAGCUCUCUGUACGUUUCCUCAAUUAAAAUACUUUCUUUGUUCUCUCUCUCUCUCAAUCAGGAGGCGAUUCUCGAGGGUUUGUCCAUCCGUCCAUAUCCAUGGCUUCCAAACGGAUCUUGAAGGAGCUCAAGGAUCUCCAGAAGGAUCCUCCUACCUCUUGCAGUGCUGGACCUGUAGCUGAGGACAUGUUUCACUGGCAAGCCACAAUAAUGGGUCCCCCUGACAGUCCUUAUGCUGGGGGUGUGUUCCUUGUUACUAUUCAUUUUCCUCCAGAUUAUCCAUUUAAGCCACCAAAGGUUGCAUUCAGGACAAAGGUUUUUCACCCUAAUAUCAACAGUAAUGGCAGCAUUUGCCUUGACAUUCUAAAGGAGCAGUGGAGCCCUGCCCUGACAAUAUCUAAGGUGUUACUCUCCAUAUGUUCCCUCUUGACGGACCCGAACCCAGAUGACCCCCUCGUGCCAGAAAUUGCUCAUAUGUACAAGACAGACAGGGCCAAGUACGAGGCAACAGCUCGGAGCUGGACCCAGAAGUAUGCCAUGGGUUAAUCAUUCUGGUAUGGAGAUUUAGGAUGUCAGUUGAUCAUUGUUAUGUAUAAAUGAUGUGGGAUCUGUGUUUUUAAUCCUAUUAUGGACAAUGGAAGAAUAGAUUUAUACAGUACUUCCAUGAAGACAGAACCAUGUUCUUGGUUGUUGCCGUGGAAUUUGAUCUUGAACUGUAAAAGAUGUGUAAUUUGUUGUUCUAUGUACACCAUUUGUUCUAAAUAUUAUGAAGAUUUAAAUUAGUGUGA